AUGUCAUUAAUCAGUGAUACUGACUUUCUUAUCCAUAGCCUUCGUCUAUCAUACCUUCGAGAGGUUGAGGACCCAUAUGGCCCACGUGUCAUCUCGUUGGAUCCAUCCUUUCAAACGAAUCCUUACAUCGUUGCUGCCGGACUUGCUGAUUCCGAGAGGUGGCCACAAUUGUCCUUGCCAUCAAGUCCUCACUUGAGUGAGGAUGAGCAAGAACGCCCAUUAGGCUUCCCGGGGGCGCGGCUGAAGUAUACCCAGACUAUCAUGGGUGGAAGAUCAGGGGGACUGGGGAUGCGCCUCAAUGGGAAGAGGGCCUCAACUUCAAAACGCAUGUCGGGUACGCCUCGUCAGCCAGAAGUUAAGAACUUCUUGUCCGAAAACGCUCCCGUGGACGAAGUACUAAGUGCAUCUGCCCCUGUUACCACUGAUGUGUCGAAACCGGCCAGCGUCCCAAGCGAGAAAUGGGUAGAGGUCGACGAAGAGAAAAAGGUACAAGCUCCUGAAGAGUUUACGGAACCAAAGGUGGAGAUACAACAAGCAACUGCACCAGAGGAAGUACCUGUUGCGAAGGUCGUUCAAUUUAUACCCAAGUUCAAGGGCGCCGCAGAAAUGGAGGCAAGGCGUCGCGUGCGCAUGGCAGCUCGGCGGGGCCCUGGUGGAGCGUUGCCUCAAGACCAACCCAAACCAACUUUUGACUCCUCUUCGGAAGAUGAGGUGGAGAUACAUGUUGCCAGCGACAUGUCAGAUGAUGAAUACGAUGUCGUUUCUCCUGGAGUUGACAGCAUGGAUGAAGAAGAUGAGUUCGAUCCUGUCUUCGCAUCUACGCGUAUGGACACCACUUCUGAUAGCGCCUCGUCCAUCUUCUCCGCUGGAACGAGUUCGAUGCCCACCUCGUCUGCCGUAUCAUCAUCCCACAACAACAGGGGACGUCCUCGUCUGAGCCCUGUAUCAGAAAAUGCACGCCACAACCGAAGUCAUCAUCGACGAUCAACCGACCAUCCCGUUGGGUCUUCAUUUGAAAUUCUCACUCCUGGGCCAGGCGCAAAGUCGGGCGAUGACUCUUCUCGCAGGCAGGAUUCGAAUGCCCCUCGGCACCGUCCUGAUCACGUUAGCCACGUCUCGUCCUCUUCAAUCUCGUCGACAGCGGGCCAAGAGCUUGUGUUCACGCGAAAAAAAGUCACACCGAUUAAACCGCUCAAAUCUGCCCUCUCGUCCAUGCUGGCCUCGUCCGGAUCGUCAACCAAUGCGUUCGCGGAGAUGUAUGCAGCCAUAUCUGGAAGGGGAGAACCCACUUCGACGAACGUGCAGGUGUAUUUCCCUCACGCGAAACAGCCUGCCAACAAGGCGAUGGAUUUGAACGUUCGGCGGGACGCAACGGUAGAGGAGGUCAUUGGGUACGCUUGUUAUACUUAUUGGGAGGAAGGUUGGCUCCCGAAGUUGGAUGAAGGCCUGAGUGAAGACGAGGAGGACCCUAAACGGAAAGCGAGGCUCUCCGCCGUCGGUUGGAUCUUGCGCAUUACAGAGGACGAUGGGGAGGUUGACGAUGACUUCCCACCUCCUGAUCGCCUUGGAAAAAUAGCCAAGUUCAAUGCGGAUGCAUGUGCAGUAUUGGAAGCCAACCCUACCCAGAUCCAACAAAAUGAACUGAUCGAAAGCAAAAUUCAAAGAAGACCAUCCAGGACGACUUCCAAGAAGCCGGACAAGCUUUCAGUUCCUGGCCCUAGUUUACCUAGCAUUGCUCCAGGAAGUGCCGUUUUUGGUUUGACUCUUGGUUCCGUGCCUCUGUCUACCUCUCUUGGACCCUCCUCUAGCCACGGUCCACAGAUCUUCCUCCGCAUACGCGUUGCCGACGCUGCAGAUGCUGUUCAUAUAUCAACGACAAUACCAGUUACUGCUGGUAUGUACAUGCAAGAGGCCCUGGAGAUCGUUUGUCGCAAAAGAAAACUCCAGAAUCCGAACGACUAUGCUCUACUCCUGGCCGACAUGAGCAUACUCAUACCAUUGGACCGCACCGUUGCUAGUUUGCAGGGCAAGCGAGAGCUGUUGCUCGUCAAGCGAAGUAUGCUGCCGCAGAUGGGAGCUGACAUCGUUAAAGGGAUUGGAAGAACCACAGAUCCAAACGCUUCCAUCUUCAAACGAAUGUCAGAUACGCCAGAGCAGCAAUAUUCUUCUGCGUUGGAUUACACGGCGGCUUAUAAGAAAUAUACCAUUUUCCGCAAGAUGCCUAUGCUGGUGACUAGACAGGAGCGUAACCUCGCUAUUGAUGGCGUGUACAUCCAUAUCAUGCCCACCAAUAAAGCCAAAGCCGUCUUCGAUAGCGCGAAAACAGCUUCCUACCAUAUCAAGAGCAUCGCCGACGUUCAGCAAUCAGCGAAGACGUCAUCUAUAUUCAAGCUUAUCAUCACUCGUGGGUCGACGAAUAAGAGAUACGACUUUGAAGCUGAGAGCCCAAAGCUCGCGGCUGAGAUUGUGCAGACUAUCAAGAGCCUGAAAACCGCACUUGAACGCACUGGAACGAUUAACAAGUCAAGGCGAAGUCGGAACGUUGGCUGA